AUGGGCAGCAUCGCGCCCGAAACCGGUCGACAGAAAGGCUUACAAGUUGUACUGAACUCAAUUCUUCGUGCCAUGGUGCCUUUAUUACACAUCGCCCUUUUGGUUUUAUUUGUGAUCAUCAUUUAUGCCAUCAUAGGACUCGAACUAUUUUCCGGAAAACUUCAUAAGACAUGUUUCCACAACAGUACAGGUGAAAUUAUGGAUGAGCCCCAUCCCUGUGGAGAUGAUGGAUUUCAGUGUGGAAGCAUAUCACCAGAAAUGAUUUGCCGUUACUAUUGGGAAGGUCCAAAUUUUGGAAUAACGAAUUUUGACAAUUUUGGACUAUCCAUGCUGACAGUUUUUCAAUGUGUAACUUUGGAAGGCUGGACUGAUAUGCUAUAUUACAUCCAAGAUGCUAUGGGCAGCACGUGGCAAUGGGUGUAUUUUAUAUCCAUGGUUAUCUUGGGUGCCUUUUUUGUCAUGAACCUUAUUCUUGGUGUCCUUAGCGGUGAAUUUUCAAAGGAGAGAACAAAGGCGAAAAAUCGAGGAGAUUUCCAGAAGCUACGAGAGAAACAGCAAAUUGAAGAAGACCUGAGAGGAUACUUAGAUUGGAUUACACAAGCCGAAGAUAUAGACCCAGAAAAUGAAGCAAACGUCGUGCAAGAAGGCAAAACGAUGGCAGUGAAUGAAAUUGAUUCUUCAGACCAUGUGGGAGAAGAAGGUGAAAUUCAACAAGAAUCUUGGUGUGCAAGAAAACGCAAAAAUAUAGAUCGAGUAAAUCGUCGGUUACGAAGAGCUUGCCGUAAAGCAGUUAAAUCACAGGCAUUCUAUUGGCUCAUCAUAGUUCUGGUAUUUUUGAACACAGGAGUCCUGGCAACGGAGCACUACCAACAACCACCAUGGUUGGAUGAUUUCCAAGAAUACACCAACAUGUUUUUUGUGGCGCUGUUUACAAUGGAAAUGCUGCUGAAAAUGUACAGUUUAGGGUUCCAAGGUUACUUUGUAUCGCUCUUUAAUCGGUUUGAUUGUUUCGUGGUUAUUGGCAGUAUUGGGGAGAUGGUAUUAACUAGCACACAGAUUAUGCCACCUUUAGGAGUAUCUGUACUCCGCUGUGUUCGUCUUUUACGAGUGUUCAAAGUAACAAAGUAUUGGCAGUCUUUAUCAAACCUGGUGGCAUCUCUAUUGAAUUCAAUACAAUCUAUUGCUUCACUUUUGUUGUUGCUUUUUCUUUUCAUCGUUAUUUUUGCUCUACUUGGAAUGCAAGUAUUCGGGGGAAAGUUUAAUUUUAAUAGUGAAGUGGAUAAACCACGAUCGAACUUUGAUAGCUUCGUUCAAAGUUUGCUUACCGUGUUUCAGAUUCUUACUGGUGAGGAUUGGAACACUGUUAUGUACGAUGGAAUUCAGGCGUAUGGAGGUGUGGCAUCAAUUGGUAUAUUAGCCAGCAUUUACUUUAUAAUCCUGUUUAUUUGUGGUAACUAUAUUUUACUAAACGUGUUCUUGGCUAUCGCUGUGGACAACCUUGCCGAUGCAGACUCCUUAACGACAGUUGAAAAAGAAGAAGGUGAAGGCGAAGAAGGAGCAGAAGAAGAGAAAGCCGGUUCACAUGAAGCAACACCAAUCGGUAUUACGGACGACGGAUUUAUGGAACACGACAAGAAUAUUAUGGACUCGGAAAACGAAAUGAAUGUGUAAGUAGCUAAUAGUACGAU